UCCGAAUUGGCCAUUUGCCAUCCUCACUAGACUGUAAGCCCCCGAAAGAUGGACCCACUUGUGUUUUUCUGCCCUGAUCGAUUCCUCGAACCCAGAACAGUGUCUGAUCCUCACAAAGGCUUCACACGCAUCCAGCGUAUCCCCCAGGGAUGUUACAUGACAUCUCUAUUGCUUUGUGAGUAAUCAGACAUGACAUGCAAAGAGGCCCUUCACAAAUCAAGUUACGAUUAAAGAAGACUCAGAAACACUGGAGAGUAUAUCAUGGAGUACAAGAUUGAAGAAAAAGGAAAAUAUCGACAUAGCUUGAACUUACUGAAUAAAAUUAAGAACAUGAGAGAAUUAGCAGAAAUGAUCGAUGUAGUUCUCAUAGCAGAUGAGGAGAAAUUUCCUUGUCACAGACUGGUCUUGGCUGCAUUUAGUCCUUAUUUCAAAGCUAUGUUCACCUGUGGGCUGCUGGAAUGCACUAAAAGGGAAGUCAUCCUCCACGACAUCACAGCAGACAGUGUGUCAGUGAUAUUAAAUUACAUGUACAAUGCAGACUUGGAGAUCAAUAACGCCAAUGUACAGACUGUAGCUAUGGCUGCCUAUUUUAUGCAAAUGGAAGACAUAUUUAGUGUGUGUCAGCAAUACAUGAUGGACCACAUGGAUGCGUCCAAUUGUGUAGGUAUCUAUUAUUUUGCAAAGCAGAUUGGAGCCGAAGACUUAUGUGAACAGUCGAGGAAAUAUUUAUAUCAGCACUUUGCCGAGGUUUGCUUACAUGAAGAAAUACUAGAAAUUGAAGUGCACCAAUUUCUGACGCUUAUUAAAUCAGAUGAUCUUAACAUAUCUAGAGAGGAGAGUAUCCUGGACUUAGUUCUGCGAUGGGUAAAUCAUAACCAAGAACGACGCACAGAGUAUCUUAUUGAGCUUUUGAAGCAAGUCCGAUUGGAACUUAUCAAUCCUUCUUUCUUAAGACAAGCCCUUAAGAGGAAUACAAUGCUUCUGUGUGAUGCAGGUUGCAUUGACAUAAUUCAGAAUGCGUUCAAAGCCAUGAAGAGUCCCCAGCAACAUGCUCUAAAUCUCCGUUACGGCAUGGAGACUACCAGUCUUCUCCUUUGCAUUGGCAACAAUUCUUCCGGAAUCAGGUCAAGGCACAGGAGCUAUGGGGAUGCCAGUUUUUGUUACGAUCCUGUAUCACAGAAGAUCUAUUUCAUCUCCUCUCCAAAGUAUGGGGAAGGUUUGGGAACGGUGUGCGCUGGUGUUGUCAUGGAAAACAACACUGUCAUUGUGGCUGGGGAAGCAAGUGCCUCUAAAUUAUCUAGACAAAGGAACAAGAAUGUUGAGAUUUACAGAUAUCAUGAUAGAGGAAACCAGUUUUGGGAAAAGUUAUGCACUACUGAAUUUCGAGAACUUUAUGCUCUAGGCAGUGUUCACAAUGACCUCUAUGUUAUCGGAGGACAGAUGAAAAUCAAGAACCAGUAUCUUAUUACAAACUGUGUUGACAAGUACUCUGUAGAACGGGACAGUUGGAAAAGGGUGUCUCCCCUUCCACUACAGUUGGCAUGCCAUGCUGUGGUAACAGUGAAUAAUAAACUUUACGUGAUUGGCGGCUGGACCCCUCAGAUGGAUCUUCCUGACGAGGAACCUGAUCGGUUAAGCAACAAAGUGUUUCAGUAUGACCCCAGCCAAGACCAAUGGAAAGAGCGGGCACCCAUGAAGCAUGCAAAGUACCGAUUCAGUACAGCUGUAGUCAACAGUGAGAUUUAUGUUUUGGGUGGGAUUGGCUGUGAAGGUCGAGAUCGGGGUCAGGUUCGAAAAUGCCUUGAUGCCGUGGAGAUCUACAAUCCUGAUGGGGAUUUUUGGAGAGAAGGCCCUCCCAUGCUAAGUCCUCUCCUCUCCCUUCGAACCAAUUCUACCAAUGCAGGAGCGGUGGAUGGGAAACUGUAUGUCUGCGGGGGAUUCCAUGGAGCAGAUCGCCAUGAGAUUAUCUCCAAAGAAAUCUUGGAGCUAGACCCAUGGGAAAACCAGUGGAAUGUUGUAGCCAUCAAUGUCCUCAUGCAUGAUAGCUAUGAUGUCUGUCUGGUGGCCAGGAUGAAUCCCCGAGACCUCAUCCCUCCACCUUCAGACUUGGUAGAAGAAGACAAUAAGCACUGAUAUUAUGUUGCUAUAGAAUCUCCUGUUGUGUCUGUAAGCAAGGCUCUUGGCAUGGAGAGAGCCUACAGGCACUAUCAGUCAUGCUGGAAAUGAGCAUUGCAUGCCUAGUUUCCCAUGCACAAAGCAGAAUGUCCUGGGCACUGUGAAUGAGAAUGGCAGCAUCUCUCCUCAAGGACCCCUCAAAUUGAUAAAGUAGAUAGGACACUACAAGACAUAAUGUGAUUAAGAGAGGAAGACAGUGUAAUGAUUAAGAGAGGAAGAGUGUAAAUGCUGUAAGAGUGCAAGGAGAUAGAAGAAUAUUGCACUGCUGGUAGAUUCAAGGACAGUAUUGCCAAGAAGGAGGCCUUGUAUCAGGGCCAUGAAGUACAGGAAUAAGUGCUAGCAUGGUACAGCUAAUCAUAAGGUCCUUGAAACAAUUGAGCAAAGGCCUAAGAGGGGAAAGCUCCAUGAUUGCUUGGGGUAUCUGAACCAGCCAGGUUGCUUAGGGAUAGAGUUUACUACUAAGACCAGAAAAAGAGGUAGUAGCUAAAGAUCAACAGCUGGAGGACUGAAUAAUUUGAACCUGGUCUUUGAGCUGAGACAUUACUAUAAAAUAAUGACGUUAAAGGAAA